CAACUGACGGUGCAAUGGUAGCUACCUGAUGGUGCAUCGGUAGACGAACCGAGAAUCAAACGACAAAUAGUGUCAGGGCACCGAUAGAAUGAUUACCUGCCUGCUGGUCUUCAUGGCGUUCGCCACCUCUGGGGUAACAGCAAUAAUGAUGGAAGCGACCGGCCAGGUGGUGGCCGUCGAGAACGGCACGGUCUCGGCCGUAGUGCUUGACUGUCCGUACUCUUUGGGCCCCGACGACCUCAACGGCUUGGUACUCAAGUGGUUCUUCAACCACUCCGACCAGCCAAUCUACACCUGGAUACUUGACGGCGAUAUAGACGAGCCGCAGGUGUCGGGGCUGCCCCCGGGUACGGUGGACACCUCCUACAAGCACCACGAAGACCCUCGACACCGUCACCGCGCCCUCCGUCUGCUCGCCCCAACCCCCGCCUCAUCAGGCGACUACACCUGCGUCGUCUCCAGCCACUACGACGAGAAGACGCACGUCGUUCCACUCAUGGUUUACGUGUUGCCAUUGAAAUUGGAAUUUUCCGUCGAGGAGACGACAUCAGGCAACAUCACAGUGUCAUGCAGCGCAGAACCCGCGUACCCGGAGCCUCGCCUGCAGCUCUACGUGCAAGUGGACGAUGUGAGAGAGCCACUGAAGACAAUCGCUGAUCGCGAGACCGUGUAUGAGGAUGGCGUGUACAACACGUCGCUGCGUGUGGAGCUGCCGCUCCAACACCUGGAGCUGUAUGGGGACGCCAGCCUCAUUUGUGAGCUCCACUUCCCACACACCAACGUCUCCAUGCAAGAGUCCAUCGACCUCAGACCAGCAGAGGUUGAGGAAGAGGUCAGUCAGGCGGACUCUCCGGCUCUCCGAGCAGUUGUUCAUCUAGGUUCGACCCCGAGUGCGGCCUCCCGGCAGGGGGUAGUCGGCAUGUCGGUACUGGGGACUUGGAUCAUCUGCACACUCGGGUCUCUCCUCUGCUAAAGCACCAAGUCUUCCAUGUGAACAUAGAAAAA